AUGUCGGGAAAAACACGCUUGUUCAUUUUGUGCAUGUUAUUGGGCAAACUGGUUGAGCAGCAGAGGAGCAACAAGAUGCUGGAGGAGGGCAUGGCAUUGAUGGACAAGGCCUUGAGGCUGGCAAUGACCCUCGAUCAGCUUCGACGUAAAAACGAAAACCACUGCAGAAAGGUGCCCAGAACCUGGGCCCUACUUGACCAGAUUCCAGAAGCCAAUGGCUGCCGGCGAGGGCAAAUCAAGUACUCCGUCAUCCAUCCAGGGGGGCACGUGUGGCCCCAUACUGGGCUCACAAACUGUAGAAUUAGGGCCCACCUGGGGCUUAAGAUGUUGGAAAAUAACCGGGAGAUUAUUUGCGAUGAAGGUUUUGCCCAGCUUGAUCAGAAGACAGGAUCGUUUAGUCCCGAGGAAGAGAACCUACGGGAAACUGGCGACUGGAAACAAUUUACUUUGUAUCAGAGAGGACGUAAAAACGAAAACCACUGCAGAAAGGUGCCCAGAACCUGUGCCCUACUUGACCAGAUUCCAGAAGCCAAUGGCUGCCGGCGAGGGCAAAUCAAUUACUCCGUCAUGCAUCCAGGGGUGCACGUGUGGCCUCAUACUGGGCCCACAAACUGUAGAAUUAGGGCCCACCUGGGGCCUAAGGUGCCGCAAGGGCCGAGGAUACGAGUGGGCAACGAGACCAGGACGUGGAAAGAAGGCAAGUUUAUCAUAUUUGACGACUCUUUCGAGCACGAGGUCUGGCACGACGGCAUCGACUUCCGGUUGGUCCUUAUCGUCGACUUCUGGCACCCGGAAAUUCCGGAACAUGAACGCCGCUCUUUGUCGCCGAUUUAAAUUGCUGCGGUGAUUCAAAAAAAUUUAUUAACGUCCUAUUUUACUUAUUCAUAAAGUCCAGUCAUACAAUAACAAUAUGUGUGUCUGUAUAGAAAUGACUUUCUCUUACAUGGGCAAAUUCAUAGAAAGGCAAAAUGACCAAUUUCAAAACGCAUGUAAUAGAUUCCUUAACGAAUGAUUGAUAAAUAUUUAAGACAUAAGGGCAGUCAUUUAUUUAAAUGUCACACAUUGUUUAGCAAGUGUAAUGGUCUUCAACGUUAUUAACAUGCCAAAUAGCAUAACACUUAAAAAAUUAUUUUUUAUCUUUUUUAGAUGUUUAUUUUACAAUUUCGCGUGUUAAACCUGUCUGCCUAACUCAGAGGUCAAUGUCACACUUAAUAGAGGUCAAAUGUUAAAGUUGGCCUGAACACAGCUUGUCCGGGCUGUAAAAUUGUCAUUCAUUUUACAAUUUUAAGAUAAUUUUUCACAAAUAAUUAAGAUAACUUUCCAUAAAUAAGCAUCAUGAGGAGACUCAGUGUCUCAUGCGUAACCCGCCCCAUUACUUCAAAGAUUAAAGUCAAACUCAGGGGUAAGACGUAAAGUUUAGCGUUAACAUAUUGUUUGUUUUUUUACAUAAGUGGAGUUUUGUGACAAGUUGAACAAAUAGGCAUUAGUGCCGCAUGGUUACAUUUGCUGUUUAGUCAAGAAUUGGCCUUUCUGAAUAAUGCUCUGUCUGUUGGAAAGCAAACCAGAUUCAUUCAUACAUUAUCAGUGCUUAUUCCACAUAUAGUUAUAUGCAUUUUUCUACCAGAAAAAGUGUGAUGUAGUGAUUCAGGAGAGUAUUAUAGUAUGUAUAUGUAGACAGUUGUUUUAUUGCCAAUUUUCAUUGGUGUUUUUGUUAUAUUGCUAUCAGUUAUAUAAUUAUGUAAAAUUGCAAAGUCCCUUGCCAUAAAGUUUGCCGAUUUUGUUUAAAGUCCCCGUUCGCGGAGAUAUAUAUGGGCAGAAUCGUAAGAAAACGUGUUUUUCAUUGAGGAUAUCACUGAAAAUCCGGUUGAAAUCGGUUGAAAACAAACAGUAUAGCGUUUUUUAUUUCUGGGUCGUGUACGGUAAAGUACGAAAACGACCUAAUUAAUAUUCAUGAGUCGACAAGUUUAUUCAAACCUAAACAAACAAAAUUGCGGAUACGGGCGCAUUUAGCGAAGCGAAUGUAACAACAAAUGCAAAUGCAUCUGUUACAGAUGGAAACUGAGUUGCAACGCUAUGUUUUUUGCUUAAUCUAUGUAUUUUUCUUCCA